AAUUCUUUACUCUUUGAGCACUUCAUUCAAAUAUCACAUACUUAUUUAUCUUUUGCGAUAAUAAAAACAAUAAUAUUGUAUUAUUAAUAUUUAGGAAUUAUUUGUAAGUUUUAUUAUUUUACGCAUACAGCGUAUACAACACGACGUAUUUUUUGUUAGUGUACAACUAUAAAGAAAAAUGGGUUCUCGUUUCCAAGUCGUAGAACAGGGGCCGCCAAUUGAAGUUUUCCAAUUAAACAGGCUGUUUACUGAGGAUUCGCAUCAGAAUAAAGUGAAUUUGACUGUUGGCGCCUACAGAGAUGAGAAAGGGAAACCAUGGGUUCUUCCAGUGGUACGCAAAAUGGAGAAGCAACUGGCAGCUGAUGAUACGUUGCUGCAUGAGUAUUUGCCAGUCUUAGGUUUGGAGCAGUUCACCAAUGCGUCUGUGUCAAUGCUGCUCGGCGCGGACAACCCAGCAAUAGCGGCCGGACGCGCGUUCGGUGUUCAAGUCCUGUCCGGUACCGGCGGGCUGCGUGUCGGUGCCGAGUUCCUCAACAAACACCUGAAGUACACCACAUUCUACUAUUCCAGUCCCACGUGGGAGAAUCACCACUUAGUAUUUGUUAACUCCGGCUUCACGACGCCUCGCCAGUACCGCUACUGGGACGAGAAGGCGCGCGCCAUCGACUUCGACGGACUCAUCGAGGAUCUGAGCAACGCGCCGGAGAACUCCGUCAUACUGCUGCAUGCGUGUGCGCAUAACCCCACCGGCAUCGACCCCACACACGAGCAGUGGGAGAAGAUCGCCGAUGUUAUGGAGGAACGCAAGCUGUUCCCCUUCUUCGACAGUGCGUACCAAGGGUUCGCGUCGGGCGACCUGGACCGCGACGCAUGGGCGGUGCGUUACUUCGUGAAGCGCGGCUUCGAGCUCGUCUGCGCUCAAUCUUACGCCAAGAACUUUGGACUCUACAACGAGCGUGUGGGCAACCUAGCGGUGGUGGUGUCGGACGCGUCGCUGGUGGCGGCGCUGAAGUCGCAGCUGACGUGGAUCGUGCGCGGCAUGUACUCCAACCCGCCCGCGCACGGGGCGCGCGUCGUCGCUACAGUCCUCGGCGACAAGCAGCUCUUCGACCUGUGGAGGGAUCAUAUUAAACAGAUGUCGUCGAGAGUCAUUCAAAUGAGAGAAGCGUUAAGGGCGGAGCUGAUUAGAUUGGGCACGCCCGGCAGCUGGGACCACAUAGUGAAGCAGAUCGGCCUGUUCUCGUACACGGGGCUCACGCAGCGCCAGGUUGAGUACCUAGUGCAGGAGUACCACAUCUACCUGCUCAAGUCGGGCCGCAUCAAUGUAUGCGGCCUGAACCCCAGCAACAUACAGUACGUCGCGAGGGCCUUCCACGACGCGGUCACCAAGUUCCCGGGCGAUGAUGACGCGCGCGCCAAAUUAUGAUACAGCAACACUGCUAUGACGUGAUGGUACGUGAUGGUAUUAUGGUGGCGGUUGCUUGUUCUAUACCAAAGUAGCUGAACAAUUUUGACUCUUGUUGUAAUUGAAUAAGGU